UCAGACUCCGCCGAAGUCGAAGCAAGGGAAGACGAAGCCAGCGCUGUCGGACAAAGUGACAAUGUCGUCGCUGCUCUCCCGCAGCAUCGACGAAUGCGCCGAGGACGAUCCCAUGGUGUCUCCCCCUGGCGGCAGCGCACCCGAGCCAAACUUCGACUGGCCCGACGACGACUUCGGCCUGGAGAUGGUGGACCGAGACGGACUCGUGACGGAAGCUGCUGAAGCCGCUGACGCGAUGGUCGAGACGGCAGAGGCGUCGCCGCGGCAACCAAGGCCCGACAUCGGUCGGUCUGCGUGGCGUCAGUCGAUGUGGAAGUUGGCAGUUGUCGUCGCUGUGCUCAUUGCAUUUUACUUGCUCCCCCUGGCGGGACAGAUCAAGGGAGCGGUCAUCGGUGCUGUCGUGGCGUUGGUCAUCCAUCGAUUGUUCACCCACAUCUUCGCUCCCUCCCAGCCAAAAAAGCCCAUACCUGUCGCACCGCUGAAGGAGCUCCCUCCGAUGCUGAAACCUGAAGUCCUGUUCUUGAACGUGAAGCAAGGCGUGGGAGAAAUUUACAAGGGCUGGAUGAACGAGCUACUGUGUGACUACAGCAUUGACGGCCACCACAUCAACCAGACGUUCUCUGUCUACGUGCGACUGGAGGGCUACAACCUGCGACUGUCGCGCCCGAAGACGAACAUCCCUCAUCGCAUGAUGUUCGAUGAACAGCGGCACGAUCCGAUAUUCGUUCAUCAGCGGCACUUCGAUCUCACCGGCAGUAAGGUGUUUUUGCUUCCUCCCGGACUAGUGUCAAAACGUCUGUGGAGCAAGAAAUACCCAAUUUGCAUUGCGCUAGCGAGGACAGGUAGCAAGAGAACUGUUAAACCGCCUAUUGAAACCAACCUGGAAGAAGAACCUGAGCAAUCUCUGGGAGGUGAGGUGCCCAGGAGAGAGGAGUGUUCAGAGAGCAUCCUCUAUCUCUUUGCGCGAACCUGUCGUGAGAAGGAGGAGUGGUUUCGCAGAUUCCAGAUGACGAUAUUGUAUGCAGAUCUUGCUGCGUUGAGCAGCAAGGAGAGGCCAGUGUCUCGCACACCUUCCCUGUCAUCCAUCAGUUCCUCUAGCUCAAUGAAGGACGUCGCAUCAGAGAGAAAGGAGCAGCAGCAGCAGCCACAUGGGAGCUCAGACGUGGAGAAGCCAUCUGAAAUUGAGAUGUCGUCAGUUGCACAGCGGAUGGGCCACAGAAAGACGGCGAGCGACGGGGAUGUGUCGCCCCUCUCCUCCCCUACGCACGAGCACGAGACGACGGCCGGGUCGUGGUUUGCCGAGGCGGAAAACCUGCUAGAUGGCACAGGUAGCAAGCCUGGUGAGGAAGUACCCGUGGAGCUAUUGCACAGGCGAUCGGAAUCCGAGCCGAACUUUGCCAGCUUCGACGAGGAGAAAUCGCCGCCUUCAGUCGCACGGCAGGAAUUGGAAAAGGGUGAGCUGUCAGAGACGGCCAGCUAUCCACGGCUGGCAGACGCCAGUGAAGGUGGCACUCAGGGGCAUAACGAGCGACGGGUCAAGAGCAGCCAGGUGGCGCCACAGUCGCCCGUGCGUAGCCGCGUGAGCGCCAACACUGCGCAGCAGCUUCAGUUCAACAACUACAUGGCCAGACUGAUCCCAAGUGACAAGCAGGCGGCGACUAACGCUGACUGCCAGGACUCGGUCGCAUGGCUGAAUGCGCUGCUGGGGAGACUCUUUUGGGACUUCCUCCGAGAGAAUCUCUGGGCAGAGAAGGUUGCCGAGAAGAUACAGAAGAAACUGAGCAUGAUAAAGGUGCCGUAUUUCAUAGACGAGUUGACCCUUACCGACAUUGAGCUGGGUGUAUCACUGCCUGUGAUGCGCAGGGCGUCGUUGCCAUGGGUGGACGAUAGAGGGCUCUGGGUUGACCUUGAGGUCGCCUACAGUGGUUCAUUCAAGAUGACGCUUUCGACCAAGGUCAACCUGAUGAAACUGAAGAAGGAUCCUGAGAUGGCUGGUUCUGACAGCGAUGAGACAGACAAAGCUCGACGCGACCUGUCUGCAGUCACCGAUAGCGAUGUUGAAGAUAGUGCGGAGUCAUCGAGUGACGAGGAGAGCCAAGCCCCCGAGGAUGCUGUUGUAAAGAACCUUGAUGAGAACUCCCAGAACCCAAUCAUCAUCGGCGGCGCGUCAGUGCAGAAGAAGUUUCUGCGCAUGGUCGACAAGAUCACGGCGAGCCGCUACUUCCAGCAGGCGACCGAGUACAAGUACAUCAAGAAGGCGAUGGAGAACGUGUCGAAGGUGCCGCUGCUGCUCACCGUCGAGGUGCACAGCCUCACAGGCACGAUGGCCCUCAACGUUCCUCCUCCGCCCACCGACCGGCUGUGGAUGGGAUUCCGAAACAAUCCACUUAUCUCCAUUUCUGCACGUCCCAAGCUCGGAGCCCGGCUAGUGAAUAUUGAGUACGUCACUGACUGGAUAGAGAAAAAACUAGUCUUGGAACUGCAGAGGGUAUUAGUGAUGCCCAACAUGGAUGAUCUAGAAAUACCAAUCAUGCAAGGCAACGUGAACGUGCCGAGGCGGCCAGAUCUGUGACCUUCAACUUUGACCCCCAGUAGAGCUGUGUGAGCCUUGUACGUGGGUAUUCUGCUAGACCGUUUCGAUCGCAGCUGCUAUUCGCUUGCAGGUUGCGAGCGUGUGCACUACACGAUUACUCAUGUGAUUUGCUAUCAUGAGCAGGUGCUAUGGUAUGGCCACAGAUGCUACGUAGUAGCUAAAAAUAAUUAAUAAUUUGCACGGGUGGUGACUGUCGCGGUAGAAGUCGGAAGCGUGAGAGGAGUUCUCGAUACAUUUGAGUAUGUGCCACUGAUGAUAGAACCAAAUCUGGGAUGAUUAACGUUUGUAAGCAUUUGCUGUAGCUUCAAUUUGUUUUGGUACAUUCCACCCAGAUGCUAAAGAAUAAUUACUUUUGUCAUGUAAUUGUUGAAUGGCUGAAUGGCCAGUGCGAGUCUGCUUUGCUUAACGAAAUCUUAUUGGUUUUGAAAGUGUUCCCCCCCUAUGCUUGCUGUUUUGAAUGGUUGUGGCAAGGGGUGAAGCUCAGUAAAACAGGUUACCAAGAUUGUCAUUAAUGUGCAGUUCUAUUUUUUAGUUCUUCCCAUGUUUCGGUGCUAUAUUUUGUUUUAUAUUUUUAGCUCAUCUGACAUAGUCAGAU